AUGGCGGUCAAGAGCCCCGAUGGCCAUCGUAUGACGCCGGUCAUUCUUCCGAGGUCAGUGGUCUCGGACAAGGGCAUGACUAAGCAGAAGAUGAUGGACGGGGCUAGGAUCAGAGCUGGAGCAAGAGCUGUGACACAGUUCAGGGCUCCCCUGGACCCUGCCCUCGCUGCCGUAUCCUGCCCUGUGCCUGUGUUAAGUCAACAAUGCAUUAUAGCAGCUCCUGUAGCUAGGUAG